AUGGCACAGGCGGCAGCCGGGAGCGGCGCGGGGCGCAGCGCCGGGGGCGGCGGGCAUGGGCCACGGCGCGCGCACACACUCACCCUCCGCCUUGCCCGCACCCCGCGCACACACACACACACACACGCACACACACUUGCACACACACUCGCUCACCCGCGCCGGGCGCCCGCCCGCCCGCCGGCCGGCCGGCCGCUCGGGCUACGCGCUGCGCGCCCGCAGAGCAGACAUAGAGGAAGCCGGCGAGGGCGGCGGCGGCGGCGAAGGAGGAGGUCGCGGCCGCAGGCGCCUCUGGAGCCGCUGUCUCAGCUGCAGCGGCGAGCGCCGCUGGAGAAGCCCGGGCCCGGGCCGGAGUCCGAGCUGGAGCCGGGGCCGCAGUCGGAGCGCGAGCCGGGGAUCGGGGCUGCCCGCGCCACCGCCGCCGCCGCCGCCGCCGCCGCUGUCCCGGCGGGAGCCCUCGCUGGGCUCGGGAUUGAGGGGAGCGCGGUGAGCCCGAGCCGGGCGCGAGGCGAGGCGGCCGGCGGCGAUCAGGGCGCGCUGGUGUCGGGCGGCCAGGUCCAGGGCCGGACGCAGCCAGCCAUUCAGGAAGGCAGCGCUGGAGAGCGGGAGGCAGCCAGCGAGGAGGAUCACACACUUUGCUCUUUUUGUUGUACCGGUGGCGCCGGGCUCUCGCUGCCUUCUUCUUUCGGGAGGCAGGCUCAGGCGGGCGCGCAGCGGCGCCGAGUGACAAAGCCGCCGCCCGCAGCCGCCGGGGGGUGCGGAGCUGCGCGCCUGCCCGCCGCCCCUCGACUCUGGAGAGCGUCAAAGUUGUCUCAGCUCCAGCACCCCCGAGCCUCCACAAGCCCUCAGGUGAAGGGAGGGGGUUUGGGGGAAGCGCUGCGCCUUCGGGGUGCGUUUUGCGCUUCCCGGUCUCUCUCCAGUCCUACUGAGAGUCAGGAACCCGGCGACCGCUUAGUGUCGAGCGACGAUGCGAAAGAGCAGAAUAAAGGCUUUCCUGUGUCUUGCCCCCCCGCCCCGCUGCCCCGCAGCCCCUCCAGUUCGAAUAAUGGAGGGACACAGUCCAUGCACUCUGCAAGCAGCCGCCCCAUUGUACGCUUCAGGGGAGGCGACGGGGGGCCGGCGAGAGCUCCUUGCCCUUUCUCGUCUCCCCAAAUAAUCGCGCCGAAGUCUCCUGGUCAGUUAAAAGAGUACAAAGGCAGGCAGUCGAGGGCAGAGGAAGCAGGCAGAGAGGGAGACCGGGAGAAGGAAAAGAGAACUUGGAAAGAGACGGAGCGAGUGCAAGAGGCAGCGCGAAGCGAGCGCCAGGGAACCGGAGGCUCCCCGCGCCUGGACGCCCCGCUCUCGGGCCCGGCCGCCCUCGGACCCAGGACCGGAAGUCUUGGGCGCCAGAAGCCAGAGCCGGCCCAUCUCUGCCGCACCAGGCCGGGGGGCGGGGGCGGUGCCCUCGGUCUAGCCAGAGGGGAGGGUCGAGAAGAACUUAUCGCGGGGGGGCCUGCUCCGGAGCCGCCCUCCCCCCGGCCUCUGUCCCGCGGCUGCGUGGAGAACAGGGAUCGCGGCCCUCGGGGCCGUCCCGGAGCUGAGGAUCGCGCCCCACCGAGCAUCGGCCCAGAUUCAAAACUGAUUGCCCCCCCCAUCUCCAUUCGCCACCCUCCUCCCCCACCGGCGGGAAGAGACUGCGGAGCCUCUUGGAGGAGGGGGGGCGGACGGAGGGUCCACAGGUUGGGCAAUCCGCGCCGCCGCCCCUCAACCCCCGUCCGCCCCAAACCCCCUUGGCGGGUGCCAAGCCGGAGCCGCUGUGGAGGCGGCGCGUAG